AUGGCAUCUUCUCAGGCAGUCGCAGCCGUUGAGGUAGAUCCCGAGAUCGUCCUCUACGAAAACGAUGACGGCACCGGGCAGAAGCGCACCCUCCGCGGCGCCUGCAAGAACCUCGGCGAAAUCGGCAUGAACAACUGCGUCUCCCGCGUCGAAGUCUCCGGAUCCUCCACCUGGGCCCUCUUCGAAGGCACCGGCUACUCCGGCAGAAUCUUCUUCGCCGGAGAGGGAACCACCGUCUUCCACGGCCGUGACGACGACGUCGCCAGCUCCUGCUUCCCCGUGCCCGUCUCCACCGAGAAGCCGCUCAUCACCCUCACUGCCUUCGACCCGCAGCAGGAGAAGGAAGUCACCAGGGAGAUCAGCUGCCGCACCAUCCUCGAGUUCACCGGCCUCUCCGGCGGCAUCGACUACGUCGUCAACAGCGGCGUCUGGAUGGUCGAGUGCGGCGACGGAACCACCCGCGCGCUCUUCAGCGGACGCGGAUCCGCCUUCCCCGACCACUACACCACCAAGAUGGUCUGGGAAUACUUCUCGCAGCCCGUGCCCGGCACCCUGCCCUCCAACGCCUACGCCAUCUACCCCGUCCUCGGCGCGCCCACCGUUCUCAAGGCAGAGUUCCUCUGGGACCAGGCCGUCGAGGUCACCAACGACAUCCAGGUAGACUGCUACAAGAACGUCAACGACACCGCCAACAAGCGCACCGUCAAAGUGCAGCUCAAACAAAACGUCCAGUCCACCUACUCCGAGUCCUUCAAACUCGGCGCGGAGACCAACCUCAAAGCUGGAGCCUCCUUCGAGGUCAACUACGGCCUCGGAAAAGGAAAGGUCGAUCUCAGCCUCUCCCAGACAUGGCGCUUCGAAAAGGGACGCACAGAGUCCUUCUCCAAAACCGAAGCCUCCGACUUCUCCGUAGACCUCUCCGUCGAGCCACACACCACCCUCACCGUCAACUUUGUCCGCCGCCAGAUCACCACCACCGUGCCCAUCAGACUCCACGUCCAGGUCGGGUCUCACCUCUACGUCGAAAUCGGACACCUCGUCUCCACCGACGGCACCCGCAUCGACUUUGUCCACUCCGAGGCUCCCAUCACCCCCGGCUCCGGCGGAGACCACGUCGACGGACCGCUCCUCCGACGCGGGUCCCUCUCACAGCAGCAGGCCGUCGGCGGCCUCGGCAGCGACGCCGUCGACGGAGUCCCCUUCCAGUCCUUUUCCAACAAGCCCCGCUCCACCCGCAGGUCCAUCAAGCAGUAA